GUCAGGACGUCCCCCUAGAAGACACCCCCUGGGCGUUCUGUCUUCUGUGCACAUCCUCCAUCUGGGAGCAUCACCAUGGGAAGCGUGAGUAGCCUCAUCUCCGGGCACAGCUUCCACAGCAAACACUGCCGUGCAUCGCAGUACAAGCUGCGCAAAUCGUCCCACCUGAAGAAACUGAACAGGUACUCAGAUGGGCUGCUGAAAUUCGGCUUCUCUCAAGAAAUGGGCCACAACAAGUCCAGCUCCAAGGGCAACAAGAACGAGGACUUCUUCUACAUCAAGGUCAACCAGAAAGCUCACCAGACAGACUACGCACCACUCUCUGGUGGAGAGCUGGGGCGCCAGGCUGGGUCCAGCAGCGUGGACUAUGGCACCCCAACACCACCAAAACUGAAGCCAAUCUCCAACCAGCUGGAACUAGCUACAGACAAGAGUGCCACAAGGCCCACAGCCUUCAAGCCAGUCCUCCCUCGCUCAAACACAGUCCUCCUCUCGUCCCCGGAGCACGGCAGCAGCCAUGCCCCCCAGCCUCUCCAGUCCCAGGACAAAGCCAAGGAUCUGGACGUUAAGCCCGCGCCGUGCUCCGGAGGACUGUCGGACUCAGGAAGGAACUCUAUGUCUAGCCUCCCCACUCACAGCACGGCCAGCAGCUACCAAUUGGACCCUCUUGUCGCUCCCGUAGGGCCCAUCAGCCGGUUUGGGGGCUCGGCCCACAACAUCACCCAGUGCGCUAUCCUGCAGGACAGUAACAUGAUGAGCCUGAAGGCCCUGUCUUUCUCUGAUGGGGGCACCAAGAUCCUCAACCCCAGCAAAGCUCCAUCUGCUAACCCCCAUGGGGCUGAGAAGAAUGCCUGUGUCCGCUCGCCCAUCUCCACAGAGGAGUCGGCGAUCCAGGAGUUGGAGCAGAAGCUGCUGGAGAGGGAAGGGGAGCUGCAAGAGCUCCAGUGCAGUUUCGAGGAGAAGGAGAUCACCUCCUGCCAGAGCUACGAGGAGAAGCAGAGGCGUUGCCGGGACGAGAUGGAAGGGCUGAAGCAGAAGUGCAACAGCAAGCUGAAACAGAAUUCACAGAAGAGCCAGAGGGCUCAGCAGCUUCUGCAGCUCCAGGUGUUCCAGCUGCAGCAGGAGAAGAAGCAGCUUCGGGAGGAGCUGGCAAACCUGAUGAAGGAGCAGGACUUGCUGGAGUCCAAGCUGAGGUCCUACGAGAAAGAAAAGACCAACUAUGCUCCAGCCCUGGAGGAAACGCAGUGGGAGGUUUGUCAGAAGUCUGGCGAAAUCUCUCUCCUGAAGCAGCAGCUGAAGGAAUCUCAGACAGAUCUCAACAGCAAGACCAGCGAGGUCCUCAACCUGAAAGCUCAGCUGAAGGAUAUCCGGGCUAAGAUGGAACUGCUGGAGAUGAAGAUCCAGGAUUUGGAGGACUCGCUGCGGGCCAAGGCCAUGGAGCUGGAGGUAUGUGAGAAUGAGCUCCAACGCAAGAAGAACGAGUCGGAGCUGCUGAGGGAGAAGGUGAACCUGCUGGAGCAGGAGAUUGCAGAGCUCCGAACGGAACUGACGAUCCUCAGGGAGGAGAUGAAGUGUGGGGUGGCCUCUGCUGGCCUGGAGGCUUGUGUGACAGAGGAUGCCCAAGCCCUGUGGAGGGAAGUGGAGAAGCUGAAGGCAGAGCUGCGGGAGGAGCAAGACAACAACCAGCAGAUGACGGUUGGCUUCCAGCAUGAACGGCAGACCUGGAAGGAGGAAAAAGAGAAGGUGAUCCACUACCAGAAGCAGCUACAGCAGAGCUACCUGCACAUGUACAAACGGAACCAGAAUCUGGAGAAGAUGCUCCAGCAGCUGGCUGCAGGAGAAGAUGGCAAAGAGCCCUUUGACCUUGACCUCCAUGGUACUGAUGUCCCUUAUGAGGAUAUCAUUGCCACUGAAAUCUGA